AAAAUCAAAAACAAAAACAUAAGGUCCUACGGUUAUGUUUUGCUUUUACUAGUCAGAUGUUUCAAGCGUUGUUCUUUGGUUAAGAUCGGCCAUUGUCGAGUGUGUGUUUUAAGUGAUUAAACUGCUUUAGAAAAAGGAAAACAGAGACAAAAACAGUGGAGGCCACCAUGGAUGUUGUCAAUCAGUUGCGGAGACAGUUUGUUGACUACUAUACAUCACUACAUCGUGAGGGAUUUGUGGAUGAUCAGUUUACUCAGCUCCAAAAACUGCAAGAUGAAAACAGCCCCGACUUUGUGGUUGAGGUUGCCUCUCUUUUCUUUGAAGAUUGUGAGAAGCUCAUCAACAACAUGGCCAGAGCUCUAGAGCAACAACAACGUGUUGAUUUCAAGCAAGUAGAUGCGAGCGUACAUCAGCUAAAGGGUAGUAGUUCCAGCAUUGGUGCAAUGAGAGUAAAAAAUGUAUGCAUUGCCUUCCGAAGUUUUUGCGAGGCCCAAAACCGUGAAGGGUGUUUGAGAUGCCUGCAGCAGGUGACUCAUGAAUACUCCCUGCUGAAAAACAAGCUUCAAACCUUAUUCAGGUUGGAGCAACAGAUCCUUGCAGUUGGUGGAUCGAUUCCAGUAGUGGAAUAAAUGACAUUCAUAUCACCCUCGUGGUAGAACGAAGGGAGAAUGAACACUUGAUGUUGCAUUUACAUUUUUCUUAUGAGUUUUUUGUUGUUUUAAAUUGUAACAAUGUUAAAUUAUUGAAGGAUUUUGCUUAAAUUUGUAUCUAAAGCCUUUACGAGAUAAGAGUAAUGCUGGGAAUACAUAUUUUUAGCUUCUGCUGCAUA